UAACAGCUAAUUUCUCGAUAAACAAAUUCGCGGCAUGUAACAUUAAAAAAUAUCACGAGGGAAUAUCCAAAUUUUCAGGUGAAAUCAAUGAAAUAUUAAUCUUGGCCAGUAAUAGGUCAAAUUAAAAUGCUAAAUUGUAUCGUACAGAAGCAAAUGUAUGCAUUAUGUAUCUUGGCUGUCCUUAAUUUGCGACAGCACGUUCAACAAAAUUGGCAAAUAAAUUCGACGAUGAAACGAUCCUCGUCUCAAGCUUCGUUGAAUUUGGUAAAAUGUAUCGAAUCUAAUAACGUGCCGUACAAGAGCAUAGAAGUAUCAAGCGACUUGAAAAAUAUCGUUAAAAAUAUUAACAAGGACAUAAAUCAACCGAACUGGGAGACUUCAUCGUCUUAUAUGCGGAUAUUUAUGAAAGGUGCAAAACAGAUCAUCGAUAAUAUCAGCGAAUCUAUCACGAAUCCGAAAACCAUCGCCAAUCCUCUUUCAAAGAAUAUCUUUGGCUCUGUCUUAUUUCUAUCGGGUAAUUCAUUAAACAAAUACUGGAACUGAAUAUUUUUUACCAACAAAAAUGAACCUCCUACUAUCGACUAAUGGACCGUUGAUAUAGAAAAAUUUACUUGGAGCAAUUAGGGGGUGCUCUUAAUAAUAUUUUCUACUUAUCCAACGGUUUCUAUGUAAUAACAUUUAUAGAUGAAACUAUCAAUCGAAAUAAAACUUUCUUCGAACCGAUAAUGUUUUCCCAACGGCGCCACGAACGAAUUCAAGAGUGAUUCUAAAAGGAGAAGAAGAAAAAAAAAAAUCUAUCUACACGUCCGUUAAAUAAAAUCGUACGAUUUUCUAUGUGUUAUCGUAAUUGUAUACGAAUAUAUUUAUAUAUUU